UUUCAUUUUUUCAAUUGGAUUUGUUUUCUAAUUGUCACUUAAACGAAUUCAGUUAAUUAGAUCUUCAAAUGAUUUAGAAUUUUGAUUUUGUGCUAAUUAUUGUUGGAGAUGGUUCUUUAUUCUGUGUAUUAUUGAGUUGAUUUGGUUCGGUUUUAAAAUGUGUUAUUUGGAAUAACAAUCGUCUUGGUAAUUUGAUUUUGGACAAAAACAAUUUGGAAAUGGCUUUUACCCGAUUAACUAAUUUCCUUUGGAUUGGAAUUAAUUUUAUUUCAACUGUUCUAUUUCUUUAUGGUUAUUUUUCAGUUGAUGAGAAAUUGUCGGUAAAUUUGAAUAGUUUCAAUCAAAAUGCUGUUGGUUUUAAUUCCACUGGUUUUGAUGCCAUUCGGAAUCAUUGUAAAGUCUAUAAGGAGAAACCGAUUUUCAAUAAAAUGGUUUUCAUUUUAAUUGAUGCUCUUCGAAGUGACUUCGUUCCUAAUUCAGAUGGUCAUGGUAUCGAUAAUGGUUCAUCUUCUAUGCCUUUCACCUCUCGAUUGUUAUCAUCAAAUGUUGGAGCUGUUAAAUUAACUAGUAUCGCUCAAACACCUACUGUAACUAUGCCGAGAUUGAAAGCAAUUCUUGCUGGAAUCAAACCAAAUUUUCUAGAUUUAAUUCGUAAUCUAAACGCUGUUUCUUUCAACGAGGAUAAUCUAAUUGAUCGAGCAAAACAAUCUGGUAAAAGAAUGAUUUUCUACGGAGAUGAUACUUGGUUGAAAAUGUUUCCCGGUGAAACUUUUAUCCGCCAUGAUGUAACCUACUCUUUCUUUGCCACCGAUUAUACUCAAGUGGAUACUAAUGUCACCGAGAACAUGAAACCCGAAUUGAGUAAAUUAGAUGAAUGGGAUUUCCUGAUUCUUCACUAUCUUGGUGUUGAUCAUAUUGGCCAUAGUUAUGGUUCUAAAUCACAUUUAAUGCCUCAAAAACUCAACGAAAUGGAUUCAGUGUUAAAAUCAAUCUAUACAAAAGUUUAUUCAUCAACCGAACCAUAUCUUAUUAUUGUAACCGGUGACCAUGGAAUGACCAAUGAAGGUAAUCAUGGAGGAUCAACUGAACCCGAAACAGAAACAGCUCUUAUAUUUAUCCAUUCAAAAGGAAACUCAACCAAUAAUCAUCAGAUACAAAAAUCUACUGAUAAAUUAACCAAUUCUGUUCAACAGAUCGACAUCGCUGUGACAAUUUCUCUUCUCUUUGGUAUUCCAAUUCCAUCUAAAAGCCAUGGAAUUGUAAUAACAUCUCUAUUUGACCAAUGGUCUAUUCCCCUUGAACAGACAACUUGUUAUCUCUUUGAAAAUAGUAUACAACUCAGCGAAUUGAUGAAAUUCAGUUCACCGACAAUCACCACUCUUUCAAAAGCAUUGAAUGGACAUUAUAAAUUCGUGAUGGUAAAAAACAAAACCUCAUCGGUGGAAAAUUUAAAAUCAAUUGACAAGGUUUACAUAAAUUUCCUUAAAUCGGCUCAAAAAGAGUUAACCAAUCAACAAGAUUCUAACACAAUGAUUGGUCUGGCCAUUCAAAUUGUCGCCAUUACACUCAACCUAUUUAGCGCCUUGAAAAUUGGUCUAAAUGAAUCAAAGGAAAUUAAUUCUGUGAUAUUUAACAAUCUAUUCAAUCAACCGAUUCAAACUUUCACUCUAUUGGCUCUCAUCUUACGAGUUCUACUUUUAGCAUCGACAAGUUUUAUCGAAAUGGAACAUUUUUUCUGGUUCUAUCUUUCAUCGACGAUCGUUAUUCUAAAUGGUUGUCGUUUAUUGACAAUCGAACGAAUCAUCCCAAGUAUAUUUAAUUUCAUGUCUCUACCUUUCGAUUAUGCAGUUAAAAUUAUUGGACAUAUUGUUGCCCUAAUUUUGAUUCGAUUGAUCUCCUCUUGGCAAACCUUAAUCACUCCUACAUUGGGUCAACUUUUCACAACCAAAUCAACUCGUAGUAUCGCCACUGCUUUGACCAUCAUUUUUUUAACUUUAAUUUCAUUUCUAUCAAAUUUAAGUAGAUUCAGUAAACAACAAUGUAUCUUAGUUUCCGGAUUAUUUUGGAUUUACCUUUACCGAUGUGAUACUAAUUUUCUGACAACGUUUCGUUUACCUUUUAUCAACUUGAUUCCUUCGUUAUCAUCAUUGUUUAAAGCUCGUCUUGUUUAUCUUCAUAUAUUGAUGCUUCUGGUGGAAAAUUUUUUAAAACGUCGACGAAUUGACUUUGAUUGUAAUCUAAUUGAUGGUUUAUUGCCAAAAAAUUCCCGUCGAAAUGCUGAUCCAACACCGAGUAUCCUUCGUACCUUUACCGUUUGUUGGAUCCUUUUAAUUUGCCUUCUAACCAAACUAGUCAACAUCCCCUUAAUUGUUUUGUCCAUUGGUUUGGAGAAGAUGAUUUAUUUAAUCGUCCGAUGGUCUCUUAAUAAUGAUUUUUCAAAUAUUGUCUAUUUCAUUUCAACCUAUUUAACCUUUGCAAUGACCUUUCAUUAUGGUCAAGGUAAUUCAAAUGAUAUUUCAACAAUUGAAGUGGCCGCUGGUUAUAUUGGUUUAGAUGAUUAUAUGCCAAUGUUUACAGGGAUACUAAUUGCUUCCCAUACAUAUUCACAAUUAACUCUUUGGUUGUUGAUGAUGUUUGUCCGUCUCACCGAAAUCAAAUCUAGUCUCAUCUCAGUUAGGACAACCAAAGUGAUCAAUGGAACCUUUAGUUUCUUGUUAACUUUACAAUUUACCACCGUUGGUUAUUUCAUGAUUGUCGCAUUGAUCCUUCGUAAUCAUCUUUUCAUCUGGACGGUGAUUAGUCCUAAAUUAUUGUAUGAAUCUUUCCAAUCUUUCAUGGUUUUCAUGAUUGCAGUUAUGGUAACAAUUUGUACACAGUUGAAUAGGUGAUGGCUCUCAGAAAAUGGAGAAAAAUUGAGAGAGAGAAAGGGAGAAGGAGGUGUAAAUCCUUUCGUCAUCUCUUGAUUGUUCAAUUUUUAAAUAUCUUUUAGUUGUAUACAUUAGAAUUUUGUUUAUCAAAUGUAAGAUUUAAAGAACUUUGAAACUCUUUAAAAUCAACUUGAUAAAACACAGAAUCUCUUUGCUUUUUUUAAUCCAUAUGGAAUAAAUAUAAUUAAAAAAAUCUUGAUUAACAAAAAAAAAGAGGAAAAACACACUUGGAUCUAAACCAUAAUAGAGAGUUCAAGUAAUGUUUCAGUGAUAUAAUAUGUUGACUUGAUUGAUUCCACCAUUAGGGAGGGAGGAAAGAAGGAUGAAAGAGAAAAGAGAAGAGAAAAAAACACAAUAUGGAAUGAUGAUGGUUAAUUAAUCCAUUUAAAGAUGAAGAUGAUAACAGCGAAUCAUUGGUCUUUCUUAAUCUUCUGACUGGUUGCCCGGUAGAUUAUUGAAUCUCUACCUGGAUCCAUGUUCCACAUACCCACGGAUACACCAAGAACCACAAGAACCAUGACAAUCACGGAAAAAGCGAUCAUAGCAAAUGCUAUAUGGAAAUCAGGUGAAUACUCAUAACCCAAUCCAAGGUAACGUUUAUCCACAGAAGCCUAACAAUGGAAAUAAAUUAAAUUCCAAUGAUCAAUGAAACAGAACAAAAACCAAAA